GGUGUUAAAUCAGCCACAAAGCAGCCCAUUGGCAGUAUGGGUGUUAAAUCAGCCACAAAGCAGGCUAUAGGCAGUGUCGGUGUUAAAUCAGCCACAAAGCAGCCCAUUGGCAGUGUGGGCGUUAAAUCAGCCACAAAGCAAGCAGUAGGCAGUGUGGGUAUCAAGGCACAUAAGGGGGCUGUGCAUCAGAGUACAAGAGCCAGAGAGCCUAAAAGGAUUAGCCUAAUUGACAGACAAAGUUUGUACAUACGACCAGGCUCCAGGAAGGCUAAUGUCUUCGAUUUUGAAUCAGACACUGAAAAUAAACCGAAAAAAUCAAAGCCUAAUGAAAGACAAAGUCUUUACAUAAGACCAGCGUCCAGUUUAUCAAAGUCUGGGAAAACAUCUAACUGUAACACUACUACCAGACAAGCAAACAAUAUUGAAUCCAAAGCAAAGGAAGUUGCAAUUGAAAAGCAAAACACAAAACAGACAGAUAAUGAAGUCACUGAAUCAGUUGAACCAAUAGGAACAAAAGCCACUGCUGCAAUUCCUCAGACAAAUACUGAAGUCCAACCAGAGUUCAAUGAAUUGCUACAACACACUGAAAACCCAAGAAAAUCAAUUCUGAAAAGGCGUGAUACAUUUGAAAUCUCACCUGAUGAUUCCUUCUCUGCAACAACAUACCGGGAGAGUAGCUGUCCUAGCCCCACUGCCACUCCAGCCCCACUCCCUAGACACACCAAGAGGUCAAAGGCCACCCACAAGACGAUACGGAAUGUUCAGUUCACGACUCCCACCAGAAGUAGCCCCAGGCUCAGGAAAAGUUUUGCUAAAACACCCAUUAAAUCUCCUCGACCCCAUAUGACCCCUGCGAACAUUCGGAGGUUGGAGCUUGAAACAUGGCUGGAAUCAAAGGGAAAGACGCCAUCAAAGUUCAGACAUAUUUGUUGCUUCCAUGAUCAGAUGGACAAGAAGAAGACCAAGAGAACAAAACAUAGACUCUCUGAAGCAGAACUUGACCAACAGCAAAAGCAGCUUGAGUUAGAGAGUGUCCAGUUAAACCUUGGCAGUCAACUUGCUGAAGCUAAUUCUGGGUCAGAUACAGACACCCCUGCAAUGCAACAUGUAGACCCCGUAGAAGAUAAACUUACAGAAAUGCUAGAUGAGUGUAUGAUACUAUAUGAAGCAGAGUGUCCUAUUAAAAGCAUCAACUCAUGGCUUGAGGAAAUGUUGAAGAACAUCCCAAGUGCUAGGACUUCUGCCCAGUUCUGGAUAACCAAAGCCAGAAUAGCAGAAGAGGAUGGGGGAUUCCCAGCAGCUUUGAAUGUCUAUGAACAGGCAUCUAGGAAUAGUGCUAAGCCUCCAGAUAUGCUAGCUGAAGCUCUCAAGGAAUUCCUGAUCAGAAUGCAAGAGAGGAAUCAUGCCAAGCAAAGUGCUGCUCAGACCCCACGUCGACCACGACACACUAGUGAUGAGAAUGUGUUCCAAUCUAGUGCUAUCAAGUACUCAAUUAAUGAAGCCCCUACUCCUUUCUUUAAGAGAUUGCGGUCAAAAGUAGAUGGCGCUGGCAGUCCUCAAUGUGCUGUUGUUACACCAGUGCGUAGAUCUACUAGGAAAAGUAUUGGAUCACUACCACGCAAGUUCCAAGACCAUUGCACAAUUGUGGACAGUUUAGACUCCAUUGUGAAAGAUGGAAACACCUUAUUCAGAGCAAACCAUGCAUUGAAGCAAGAGCCAGAUGAUAUUUAGAUGCAAAUACUGUGGGGUGUGUUCCUUGUAAACAUUAUCAAUAUAUUUUAUUGUUAUGGCAAUGGUGAUGUCACAAUAAGAGGAUAUGAUAUUUUCUAAGAAUGCAUGCCGGAUGGUCAUAUGUCAUUUCACAGGAGACAUUUGUCCACCCAAAUACUAUUACUGAAUGUUUGAGCUGAAAUAUGUAUGCAAAGAAGUUUUUAUUACAACCAUAUACCAUAAACAUAUCUAUAGAGAACAUUGCUUUGAGUGUUAAUAAUUCAAGGUUACAUAACACAUGAGUGUACAUAAUGAAACAACAUGGAAAUAAUUGAGACAUUCAAAAUACAUGUAUGUAUAUUCACAUUUAAAUGUUCUGAAUUAAGAAGGAUAUUAUGGACCUUAAAAUAAACAAGUGUUCACAUUCAAGUGUUCAUAUUUUCCAGUGUUCACAUUUCACAGCAUUUACAUUCACCUUAAUGGUGUUCACAUACACAGGAUUUGCUGGUGCCCAUUUGAAGAAAAAGAAUUGAUACUUGUAGUGAACAAGAUUAAUAUUUUACAUAGACUAUAUAUUUUCUAGAAAUGUUCAGAAAUCAAGAAAAAAAAUUAAUAAACUGUCAAUGUGAUAGUCAAACAUUGAGCUCAGAAUGUGUUCAACUUUCAAGGUGCUUACAAGGUCCAUUUUAGUUGAAAAUAUAUUAGAUUACAAUCAUGUUUGGCUUAUAGAAUUUGUUUAGACCACAUGGAUGACCACAUUUUUGUAAAUAUUAUAAUGUUGGGUACUUAAUUCAAUGCAUUCUCAGAAAGUACUUGGACUUCAAUUUUGGAACCGUCAUAAUUUACGAUUUGGUCACAAGUUGUUGUUUGUCAAAAAGGAGACAUUGGAAUCGUGGGUUAUGAUCGUACCAAAAACAAAUCCCUGAGUACUUGGGAGAACUAUGGCAUUAUUGCCAGUAGGGUAUUUUAUUAGUGACACUGUUUCCAUGGUAACCAAUACUGCAAACAUUAUUUAUAACACACAUCUCAACUGACCAGAUAAUUGUUUGUUGUCGUAUUCCUAGAUGAAUCACUUUACCUUUUAAAAUUUCACUGGGUGAUUCCACAAAAAGCUGUAUUUUUUGAUGAAUUAGACAAGUCUAUUUUAUCAUUUAUUUAUCUUGAUUUUCAAUUAUAUACAAGAAUGAAUGUGAAAUUGAAAUUAGAAAAUAA